AUGUCCCUCACGCCCCCCCCUCCGCCUCCUCAUCGACCGUCGGGACUAGCCCCCUCUGGCUGCAAGACACCCAAGCUCACCGCCGCACCCGGCGCACGUCGGCUGUCGACCGCCAGCAGCAACCUGUCUCCCUCGGGCUCCUCCUCGGCCCCCUCGCCCAACCAGCUCCGCCAGAUCCUCGCAGACAUCACCAAGCAGGUCACCAACUCGCCCCAGCCUCGGCCCCCUCCGCCCGCCAGCAGCGCCCGGCCGAGCCCCAUCCGCUCCCACCAUCCGGCCAUCAACGGUUUCAUGCGGCCCUCGCUGCGCACUCGGGCCAACACCCCCGUCAGGGACGAGAACCAUUCCCCGCUCGUCCCAGCGACCCCCAGGACGCCGUUUGCCACCAACACCACCUCCUCGCCCUCCUUCCGCUCCCCGCCCUCGGACGAGAACCAGCCGGCCAGCAGCAGCACCAGGACCCCAGCACACCCCAUCGCCCCGCUCCGAUACCGCACCCUCUCCUCCCUCGCCGGGCCCUCGAGCAGCCCGAGCUCCAACAGGACCACCUCCGAGCUCAACAGCUACCCCCCUACCACUACCUCCCACUCCUCCAACGACCUGGCCUCCCAGCCUGCUCUCUCGACCCCUCGCGAACGCAGGAGCCUCGAUCAGGUCGACUCGCCCUCCGCCUGUGUCGACAAUAAACCCUCCCCGUCGGGCAGCAUCGCCAAACGUCGUAGGAGAAACCCCACCGGUCUCGGAAGACUCUAA